AUGGUUCACCUUAGCCACAUCCCCAACCCCGAGGACGUCAAGGACCACCUCGCCGAGGAGCUCAAGAAGGUCCAUCUCGAAUCAUUCGAGAAUGAUGACUUCACCACCUCGGUCUAUGGCUCCAAGUUUGCCUCCCAGGACCUCCCUCGUUACGAGAUCCCCGACGGGGAGAUGCCGAAGGAGGUUGCUUACCGCUUGAUCAAAGACGAGCUGUCCUUGGAUGGAAAUCCCAUGCUCAACCUUGCCUCAUUUGUCACCACCUAUAUGGAGGACGAGGCCGAGAAGCUCAUGGCCGACGCCCUCUCCAAGAACUUCAUCGAUUACGAGGAAUACCCAAAGACGGCCGAGAUACAGAACCGAUGUGUCAACAUGAUUGGAAAGCUCUUCCACUCCCCGACUGGCGAGGGCUCUGGUGCUAUUGGCACCAGCUGCGUCGGCUCGUCUGAGGCUAUCAUCCUGGGUGUUCUGGCCAUGAAGAGACGCUGGAAGAACAAGCGCAAGGCCGAGGGCAAGUCGACUGAGAACCCCAACAUCGUGAUGAAUUCAGCGGUACAAGUCUGCUGGGAAAAGGCUACUCGAUAUCUCGAGAUAGAUGAGCGGCUCGUGUACUGCACCGAGGAGCGUUACGUCAUCGACCCCAAAGAGGCCGUUGACCUCGUCGACGAGAACACAAUCGGUAUCUGCUGCAUCCUCGGAACCACUUACACAGGCCAGUACGAAGACGUCAAGGCCGUCAACGACCUGCUAAUCGAGCGCGGGCUGGACACUCCAAUCCAUGUUGAUGCAGCCAGCGGUGGCUUCGUGGCUCCUUUUGUGAACCCUGAUCUUGAGUGGGACUUCCGCUUGCCCAGAGUCGUCUCGAUCAACGUCUCGGGACACAAGUACGGGCUUGUAUACCCAGGUGUGGGAUGGGUAGUAUGGCGGGAUGCCGAGCAUCUUCCCCAGGAGCUGGUGUUCAACAUCAACUACCUCGGUGCCGACCAGAGUUCAUUCACUCUGAACUUCUCCAAGGGAGCUUCGCAAGUGAUUGGACAGUACUACCAACUGAUCCGCCUGGGCAAGAAAGGCUACACUCAGAUCAUGAAGAACUUGACGCGGACCGCAGAUUACCUCUCGGACUCCCUGCAGGCAUUAGGGUUCAUCAUCAUGUCAGAGAAAUCCGGAGAAGGUCUUCCACUGGUGGCAUUCCGCCUGCCACCCGAUGCGGAUGGAGAGAGGUCCUAUGACGAGUUUGCCCUAGCACAUCAGCUCCGUGUUCGAAGCUGGGUGGUGCCGGCGUAUACGAUGGCCCCGAAGACCAAGAACCUCAAGAUGCUGCGUGUCGUGGUAAGGGAGGACUUCACCAGAAGUCGAUGCGAGUCCCUCAUCACGGAUGUCAAGCUUUGCAUGCAACUUCUUGAGCAGAUGGACAAGGAUGGCGUGAAGCGUCAGCAAGAGUUCAUCAACAAGCACCACCUUCACAGUGGAAAGGCGACCCAUAACCACCCCAAGUACAAGAAUGAGAAACACUCUCUCCAAGGCAAGACGGGCAAGACCCACGCCGUUUGCUAG